CUCUCCUCCUGCUCGUCCACACAGUCUCUGGCUCGUCGCUCGUGGAGAGGCACUGUCGCUCCGUUCCUCCGAGGCGUCUCGGCCAGGCGUCUGUGGGCGAGUGCGCAUGUGGUGAUGAGGCGGAGUGCCGGCGUCUUUUCCGCCUACUCAAAGUUAAUCCCUCCAGAAGAGGUGUGGUCACCUCAGCCUCUCAGACCUAGUUGUGGAUCUGUGGUCAGCGCUCUUGCCUCCGGCUCUCUUCUUCUGCUUGACCAGGUCUAGGACCACCACGUCCGUCCAGGUUUGCGGGACAGUACAACUCGGCCCUUUCGCCUGCCCGGGUUUUACGCCAUCUCUCUGGGAUGAGUUUCAACAGUGACAUGGAAGAGGGAGGGGAGGGAAGUAACAGGGAGCCCGAGAGCGCGGAGAUGAACAAGCUGCGGCAGAGUCUGCGCAGGAAGAAGCCCACCUAUGUGCCCGAGGCCAGCAGGCCGCACCAGUGGCAGGCAGACGAGGAGGCCGUCCGCAAGGGAAAAUGCAACUUCGCCGUCCGGUAUCUGGGCCUGGUGGAGGUGGAGGAGUCCAGAGGGAUGCAUGUGUGUGAGGAGGCGGUGAAGAAGCUAAAAGUGAGUGGGAAGAAGACGGUGAAGGCGGUGCUGUGGGUCUCUGCAGACGGGCUGAGGGUGGUGGAUGAUAAAACCAAGGACCUAAUAGUUGAUCAGACCAUUGAGAAGGUGUCGUUCUGCGCUCCGGACCGAAACUACGACAAGGCUUUCUCCUACAUCUGUCGGGACGGCACCACCCGCCGCUGGAUCUGCCACUGCUUCAUGGCUCUGAAGGACUCGGGUGAGCGUCUGAGUCACGCCGUGGGAUGUGCGUUCGCUGCCUGCCUGGAGAGGAAGCAGCGGCGGGAGAAGGAGUGCGGGGUGACGGCCUCGUUCGACGCCAGCCGCACGUCGUUCGUUCGCGAGGGCAGCUUCCGCGUCUCCUCCGCCGGCCAGCAGGGGGACAGGGAGGACCUGAUGAAGCAGCUUCAGGACAAGAAGAAAGUAGAACCGUGCUGCAUUCCCGCAGUGCCGCCAGGCAAUGCCUCGCCACCAGAGGGCGCUGCCACGCAGGUGGACCGCACAGAAAUGGGAGGUCCUCACGUCAUCCCUCGUCGCCACGCCCCUCUAGAGCAGCUGGUGCGCCAGGGUUCCUUCCGUGGGUUCCCCGCCCUCAGCCAGAAGAACUCACCGUUUAAGAGGCAGCUUUCACUGCGCCUCAAUGACCUGCCGUCCACCCUGCAGCGCAAAACCGACUUUCAGACCAAGAACCCAGUCCCUGAGAUGGACCUGACCAUUGCUGGGGAGGCAGACAGUAUCAACGCACUGUGCAGUCAGAUUAACAACUCCUUCACCAAACCCUCGGAGGACCUCUGUGCCAAAGCCACCAGCAACGGCUUACCAGCAUGCACUGUACCGCCCACCAUCCCCCCUCCACCUGCCCCUCUGCAAGCUGCCCCCUCCUGGGUCCAGGCCGAGGCUGUCGCCCAGUCCCCUCCUCCGGUUGCGCAAAGUGGGCACAAGCGUACACCGUCAGAGGCUGAACGCUGGCUGGAGGAGGUGGCGAAGGCUGUGAAGGCCCAGCAGCAGUCUCCACCAACCCUACCGCCUCCACCAACCCUGCCACCUCCACCCACCCUGCCCCCUCCACCAACCCAACAGCCUCCACCAGUUCCCCCCUUGCCCAUGGCUCCACCUGGGUCUCUCCCAACCUCCAUGCAGCCCUUCCCCAUGGCUUUUGACACCACUCCAGCACCUGUGGGCAUGUAUAGUCAGCCACCGCUGCAGCCAUCCUUCGUGCCCAUGCAGGCUUACAUGCCCACCAUGGCCAGCAGCAUGACCUACCCCAAUGCCAGUGUGCCCGUAGUGGGCAUCACCCCUUCACAAAUGGUGGCAAAUGUCUUCUGCAGUGCCACUGGCUCAACCGGCGCAGGUCCAAUGGGGCCGAAGACUGGCACACUAGGGGGAGGAACCUCUGCAUUUCCCAAUUUACCCGGAAGUUUCCCGGCCGCCUCCUUCACCAACCCUACAGUCGUCAACGGGCUCCCCCACAACACACUGCCCUCCACCACCACUACUAUCAUGUCCACCACCAAUGUUACACAGAACGGCACCAGUAUUGCAGGCAGUGGUGCCAACAACAGCUGGACAAAGGAGUGCAUGCAGCAGGCCAGCGAACCAGCCGACACCAAGGAGGCAGAGCGUUUUGAGGCCAAGUGGGCGGCGUUGGAGUCCAAAUCUCAACCCAAGGCAUCCAACCCUUUCUCCAAUGACUUACAAAAGAACUUUGAGAUCGAGCUAUAAUAAGGCCUGUUCUGGCCUGGCUUCACGAACUCCUGACAAGAGACUCCUAAAACGACUUAAUACGUCUCUGUUGCUUUCGCUUCUCCACUUUUUAUCUUUCUGCUUUCUUUCUCUUAGGGAAACUCUAUCGCUCCUGCUCUUUCAACUCGUUACUUUUAAGUAGAGGAUUGUCCGGUUUGUGUUUCGUGUCCAUUUUUCUCUUAGAUCUGGGAAUUGUCUCAAAGUCCCUAAAAAGCACGAUCGCAUCUUGUCAGGCACUUAUGAGUUAGUUUUUUUUAAUAAGCAUUGGCUGGUUUUUCCAAAUAAGUCACAAGGGAUUUGAUCAAAGUCUGCAAGAGGAACAAAAAAUGAAUGAUUAAGAACUGAUUUUAUGAUUGAUUUUAUGAUUUAACUCUUACAGGUGCCCUAAGUUUAAACUAAAUUAUUGGGUUCCAUUGUAUUUUGCAUUGAUCUUCUCAAAUCAAAUUUGCCUAUAAGGCUGUGUUCAGACCGCCAAGCCAAAUCUGAUUAUUAGCAUAUCUAGAAUGUGUCCAGAUUGACUGAUGUUUGAUAGUCUUGACAGCCAAGAAACACAUGAAAUCAGAUUUUUAGAUUGCCAAUUGAAUCCAAUCCACAUUCGGAAGUGUUUCAGACUGUGAUUAUAAUCAGGUUUGUACACGUGUAUCUCAGUAUACCGGUAGUCUGAUCACAGCCUAAUUUAGUAGCGGGGAGAAGAUCUGAGUGAUAUUCAGGAGGUUGGAUAAUCAGAUCAGAUGAGCGCUGUGUGAGAGUGUAAAUAGCAUGUUUUUUCUCUCAUUAUUUAUCGCCCGGUUUCAGUUGACAGUCAGUUAUUAUUCAGCCCUGUGAUUCACCACAGAAGGAUUGUGAUGCCAACUUGCCAGCCUGCCCAAACUGUGGGCACCAGACUGAUCAGCCACGAUUACACUGACCAGUCCAUCAGUCCAAACUCAACCACAGAACUGGUGUAAAGUGGAACUCUGUAGUAAUAUAAAUACACUGCCUGUCAAAAGUAUGAGGACACCAACUUGUUUAAAUAUUGUCCAUAACCAAAUCAAACCAACGUUCAAGCAUUUUACAACAUAUUCUGAGGGCUGCUGGUUUGAAUUCUGGGUCAUGCUAUUUCUCCAUUAGCAGCCAGAGUCUGAGAGAGCAUAGAAGGUCAUGCUGGUUCUCCAUCAGCAGCCAGAGUCUGAGAGAGAGUACAGUAGGUCAGGAUACUUCUCCAUCAGCAGCCAGAGUCUGAGGAAAUACAGUAGGUCAUGCUGCUUCUCCAUCAGCAGCUGAAGUUUGAGAGAGAGAAUACAAAAAAAGGUGUCCGCAGACUUUUCACAGGCAGUGUAGGUGUGGGUUAAACCAACAAUGACAUUCACCUGACACACAUACGAGGCUCAUUAAUCUACAUUUCUAUCAGCUCUGUGAGAUCUUCUUCCUGAGUGAUGGCCAUGCCAGUAGACGUACCGUAGAGGUCAGUAAGGUCAUUUUUGAUUUGAUAUGAAUGAAUUUUUUGAGUUACUUCAGAGCUAAAAGUGACAGAAAGAGCUGAAGCCCAAGUGGAUGUACGAGAAAGUUUUUGAGAAUAGUGUUGAGAGAAUCUAGCGAAGCUAAAGUGUGGGAAGCAUGUUUUGGAGUGUCACAAAUUGAAUUGAGGUGUUUACAGAAAACUUGGUGAAUGAUGAACUGGAUUCAGACCGGACAUCCUGCAAAAGGAUACGCUCGCAUGCUCAAACUAUCUCUUUAACUAUGACUUUUUAAUAAGAAGAGCGAGAAAAGGGAUUGCCGUUUAUUUCUUUUUUGCAUUUCGUACUCAACUUGUAAAAUACAGCAGCAGAUAACGGUCAUUUAUCACAGGUAUGCAGAUAUGUACAGCUCCGAUACGCUCAGAGGAAUUAGUACGAUUUCUUAACGAUAAAAUUUGCAGUGUUGCAGCAACACCACCUAGCCUUACGUUCACACUGGCAGGCGACAGAGCAUCAAGCGAAGCAUCAAGAAACCAGACAUUUUCUUGUAGGACAGGUUUUUCCCUAUCCAAGAGCCACCUAGAAAAAAAAGUCUGCACUGGAUCACAAUAAAAAUCACUGAAAUCUUAUAGCCAAAAUUUGGCAACAUGGCAACAGAUCACAAUCUGAGUUGUGAUUUCACAGCAUAAUGCAACUUAGUUAUGAUGCAGUGACUCGAUAUUGUUAAUCGAUUGGCUAAUCAAGAAUCAUCAAUUCUUUACACCAAUCACAGACACGAGUGUCCGAGGUCCCCACCUUCUGAACGUGUAUGUUCUACCCAUAGACUGUAUAUAAGUAUGGACAAGACGUCCCAUUCACUCUCAUUACGACGUUUUAAAGCCAAAAUAUGACCAAAGUGGAAGCUGCCAUCUUGCGUGCGCUUGCGCAGUAGAGGCAAAUUGGAGCCAGAACUGGCGCGGGGGGAGGUGGGAUGUGUGACCGCCCAAACCCCGCCCUCCCCCUCAAUUGCUCUUUGUGUUUCACCGUAAUUUUCACCAAACAAGUUACUUAACUUAGCUAACCUGAGUUGGCUAACCUAGUUAACUAGUUAGCUAGCGUUAAGUACCUAACGCUAGGUUAAAAACCUAACCUAGAUACUAAAAUUAGGGAGACGAACAAAGUAUGAAUACUAAUGAAUUCACGGGGGGAAAUUAUCCAUUUACUGAAAAACUGCAGAGAACGUUUCCCUGAGGGUCUGUUACAACAGUUAACUGCUGAAAAAGCCAUGGCCACAGUGGCGGUGAGCGUUCACGCUCUCAGAUGACCUGUCAGUCAACUUGCCCUCAGCUGUCAAUCACCACAUCGCCACACCCCUUUAAAUAUCACGGAAUAACUCCUAUAAAACCAGUUAACUGUAAAGAAAAACACUGGGGGUUAUUAACACAGGAGGAGAGCUUGCAGAAUGUACAGAACCCAACGUCCAAAAAAAAAAUCCUGGAUGUGUAAUUUUAGAUUAAAGAUUCCGCCAUCUCUUAGUUAAAUGGAAAUAGGCGGGGUUAAAAGUUGUACUGCAGCCAGCCACCAGAGGGCGUAAGAAAUACAGUGGCUUCACUUUUCAACCCCUUUCAUGCUGUCCAUACUUAAAUACAGUCUAUGGUUUCUACCAUGCAUCUUUGAGCUUAUAUUGGAAUAUUGUUGGUGUGUCUUGCUUGAUAGGUCUUUUUUGCUUGACAGCAACCAAGAAAAGUGUGUACACCCCUCAUAUUUCUGCAAAUAUUGUAUUAAAUAUUUUCAUGGAAAACACUAUAGAAAUGUUACUUGGAUAUAACGUAAAGUAGUCCAUGUGCAGCUUGUAUAGCAAUGUAGUCACACAGCCAUUAAUGUGUAAAUAUUGGCAACAUACCUUUUUUUAAUCGUUGUCCCUCACUGGUGUCAAGUGACUUUGGCGUUACAAGGUCUCAGGUGUGAAUGGGGAGCUGGCCUUUUAAAAUUAGAUAUUUUGGAUUCAGUGCACCUUAUUCACUCCGCAUCCAUGUUGAAAGAAAGCGAGGCUGAGGGGUAUGCUCUUAAACCAGUUCCAAGGCAGAGAGUGAGACGGUAGAUUAUUCACCAGUUUAAAUGACAGCGUCUGUGUGGACAACUAACCUCUCACACCUCCCUCAAUUAAUGGGGAAAGCUGUCAAAAAAGGGCAGAAAAUAAGUGCAAGAUUCCCACGGACUGUUUUACUAAAAGGCUACAGUAACUGGAUUGAGGGUUAUGUGCAGGACUAACUAGGUAAUCGGCUUUGUUUACUGUAUUGAAAACUCGUGUGUUAGCUAGCUUGCUAUCUAGCUAGUUACUAAACUACCUCAGUGAUUGUAUCUGUUCAGGUAAAUAACGUGGGCACAGCAUCCUUCUUCAACUUUCAUCUUCCAACCAAUGUCUUAAAGAAACACUUGUUCAGAACUUACUUUUGUGUCCACAUUAAUCUGUAAUAUCAAAUUAGACAUAAAAUUAAUGUUAACAAACAACGUUAAAUACCAAAUACAGUCCAGCUAAGCAUGUAAGUGUACACUCUUGUAAGACCAGGCUCCCCACAGUAGGAUACUAACUAGCUAGGUAGCUAAUUAGCUAAGCAGUCUACUCUAAAGAGCUAUGUCUUGGCUAACGUGACCCCCCACUCGUUUUUACAUUAAACUGAGAAAAUAACUAGUUCAGGGUUAAUCAAGUCAUAACCUGUGAACCAGGUUUAGCUAGCUUGCUGUCUCUCUGCUAACGUUCAUCUGGCUAGAUUUGCCAGCUGGGUAAUAUUAAUAUUAAUAUGACUAGCCUUAUCUAGCAAGCUAGUUAGCUAGCAGUAACAUGCAUCUUAAAUUAAAAUGAUGAUCUCUACUAAUUUUGUGAAUCCAUUCACAGUGAAGUACAGUAUCUUUGGGGAAACCAGGACGGGUUGAGCUUUAUAAGAUUUCUUUCUUUUUGAAAAAUAAUACAUUUGGGAAUGCAGCAGUGAGGCAGCAUCGCUAUAGCAGUCAGCAGUACAAGGCUAUCUCCGUACCCCGCAGUCUCGUUUUGGUAGAUGAUGGUGAUGUAGGUGAAUAAGGCAUAUUCUCUCAUACUGGCCACUGGACAUUCAACAUGCCACUUCAUGGCAAAGAACUCUCUCAAAAUGUGAGAAAUAGAAUUGUUGCUUUCUGCCAAGUUAUUCCAUGUAAAGAUAUAAUGACAUUUUUGCAGAAAGGCGAGGGGUGUACUUUUUUUUUUUUUUUUUGAUAAUGUAACUUGGUUAAUUAGGCAGCAUGCUAACUGGCUACGCUAAUACACGGAAACACACACAAUAAGAGACUGAUGUUGAAAGACAUGAGCAAUUAUCGUCUGCCAGUGUGAACACAGGGUUAGCUGUUUGUCCGUCCGGAGCAUGAUAACAUUAGAGACGCAUCUACUGGGAAACAAUUUAUAUCUCCAGUUUUUUCACUUUUUUGUGCCAUGGUGUGUUUUAUAACGCUGCAGUUCUCAUUCUGCAGUAAAGCUCCAUGCUCUGUUACUUUAGCUGUUGGUUAAAAUCAGCUCGUCCUGUUCUCGUGCGUGUGUCCGGCCGUGCUGCGUGACCGGACACGACCGGACCAGACCGGACCGGACCGCAGGGUCUGGAGGUUCUCAGUGGAAAGGAUAAAAGCUAGAUGGUCAAAGCCAGACUGCACACUGUGUGUUUCACGACUCUCUGAUAAAUCACAGUAUCUCCCAAUAGUGAGUACAUACCUCACAUUUCUGUGAAUAUUUUAUUAUAACUUUUUUUGGGGAAACACUAAGGUUAUUAAACUUAGAUAUCAUUUAAACUGGUCAGUGUACAGCUUAUAUAUAAGUUUAGAUUAAACUAAAACUCUAAAACUCAACACUUUAAUUUCUAAAUAGCUGCAACACAACGUAGUGAAUCUCACAUAGCGAUUUUUUCACCUAAAAUCUCUGAUUCUUGAACCAGUUUAAUUCAGGCUUAUAAGAACUGUAGUGCUUUUCAGCGAACCAGCCUGCGCUUCCACUAGUUUUAGGUUUAUUUUUAGUGGAACUGUCAAAUCGUCACAUCAAACAUCAUCAACAGAGGGCGCUGCACAGUGGCGUUACUCCUUUACAAACAGACACGCCCACAGUUGUCAUUACAGUUCGUAAUAAAGAACCUAGUAUUCUUUGGUUCCUGCUGUGAAUGAACCUUCCUGGUUCCAGAGCCUACUUUUGUUGGUGAAAACACAGCAAACAGUUCAAAAUUAGGUUUGUGAACCAGAGCAGUGCUGCUUCCAAAUUGUGCCCAGUUGUGUGGUUCUCCCUUUCUGGGGUCAUGUGACUCCCCUUAAAAAACUAGGCCACAUAGUAGUUUUCCAACUCCAGAAAGCAGAAGGUAAAGGUGAUGGAGUGGCCAAGAACUAAACCCAAUUGAGCACAUGUGGGGCAUCCUCAAGCAGAAGGUGGAGGAGCACGAGGUGUCUAACAUCCACCAGCUCUGUGAUGUGAUGUCAUCAUGUAGGAGUGAAAGAGUUUUCCAGUGGUAACCAGUGCAGCUCUGGUGAAUUCUCUAGUGUACUCACUAACUUGUGUUUCAGAUAUGUAGACAUUAAUGUCUGUAAGUUGGGUUAUUUUUCAAAGGAUAUAGGCUGUACACUGACUACUCUAAGUUUUAUAUCCAAGUUCCAUUUCUAUUUUUAUCGUUUCUCAUGAAAAGAUAAAAUACAAUAUAUGCAGAAAUGUGAGGGGUGUGCUUACUUUGGGAUCUACUGUAUCUAAUGAAAACUGAACAGGGCAUUUCCAGCGUAUUCACUACAGUAAUUCAGUUCUACCGCACCGCCGGCCAGUAACGGCUUUACAAAACUGCCGCUGUCAACUUUCCUGACCAACGACUGCGGAUUACAGGGUUAACCGAUGCCAGUUUGGGCGGCGCUGUGGGUUUACUUAGGAAUUCUUACAGAUUCCCCCCAAAACAGAAUGUAUUUGUAAUCAGGUCUUGCAGCUGUUUGCAGGGGAUCAAAUUCAUCUCCCAAGCAAGUUUAUCCUCAGCCUGUUUGCUGAAUCUUCAAUGUAAUGAAGAUUAAAACAAUGAAUUGAUAACAGCUCACAGCCCUGAGCUUUUACUCCACACUUUCCACAAUGAGAAAAAAAAACGUAGGCUUCUUCUUUUUUCGAUAAAUAAGAAAACUAAAUUACCUCAUAAACUUGAUUGUAAACUGUAGGCUAGUGAUAACAAACCAGUGGAGUUUAUUUUUAAUCUUUAUUUACAGAAUUUUGUAUUUAAACCUACAUAUUUGUAUUGUAAUUACAUUGUACAAAGAUAAAUAAAUAAUAUAAUAUUAAAAUUG